AUGGGGCUCCCCGAAGACUCUAAGUUACGGGAGUCGUUGACGAAAAGACCCCUCGAGGAUAUGAGGCAAUUGAUGAGGCGCAUAGAGGAGUACAAACGCCUGGAGGACGACCGGCUGCAGAGUAGGAGGAAAGCCCCAUUAAUUGGGAGAUCUCGGCAAGGCGUUUUGCCGACAAAACCAAAGAAAGACUUCAGAAUGCAAGAACCAGAGGUACAUAUCGAAGGGGUAAAUGUGGCAUUUAAGGAGCCCGUACACAAAAUCUUGGAGCGGAUCAAGAACGAGUCAUUUUUCAGAUGGCCAAACAAAAUGGGGGGCGACCCAUCUCGGAGGAACCAAAACCUGUAUUGCACCUACUACAGAGACAAGGGGCACACCACCGAGCAGUGUCGGGUACUAAAGGAUCACCUCGGGCAGCUGGUAAAGGCAGGGUACCUGAAAGAGUUCAUUGCAGACGCCACUCACCAAAAAGCCGAACGGGGCGUCCAACAAAAAAGGAACCCCCUCCUGCCUCCACUGGGGGUAAUCGAAGUCAUCCACGUUGCACCAAAAGGAACAGCAGCAACAAAAAGGGUAUUGACAGUGGCUUGCACGGGAGGAGGAUCAGCCGAGAAGAAGAAGAAAGUUGGACAGCUUAACAUAUCGUUCGGGGAAGACGAUUUGGAGGGAACGGUCCAACCACAUGACGACGCUUUGGUGGUCACGGCCCGGAUAGGCGAGUUCCUGGUGAAGAGGGUAAUGAUUGAUCAGGGGAACGGGGCUGACGUCAUGUACCCAGACCUCUUCGAAGGGCUCGGAUUAAGGACCCAAGAUUUGGCGAAGUAUGACACGCCGCUGGUCUCAUUUGAUGGGAGAGUCGUAAUUCCCGAGGGACAAAUCUCUCUCCCGGUGGAUAUGGAAGGCAAGGGGGUUAUAGUUACCUUUAUAGUAGUCCGAUCAUUCUCGCCGUACACCGCAAUCUUGGGGAGGCCGUGGAUUCACGCCAUGGAGGCUGUCCCAUCCACCCUCCACAUGAAAGUUAAAUUUCCUACCGAGCAUGGAAUUGCCGAGGUGAGGGGGAACCAACAAGUGGCGAGGCAGUGCCUUAUCACCGCUGCCACAUGGAAAAGUGAACAACCCGGACAAGUUGAGUAG